AUGCUUUUUGAUUUUGGCAAGUCUAGAAAUUUUAAAAUUUCAGUUUUGUGUUUCAAAAAAAAUCGAAGUUUUAUCUGUUCCCAAUUAGUUUUCACGUUCAUAUUGGGGGUAAUAUGGUGGUUAAAAUAAAAAUAUUUUGACACCAAGACAUAUGCGUUGAGCGCAUUCCCUAUAUUUGGCCACUGUUGGUAACAUCAUUUUCUGACAGUCAAUUGACAUUUGUUCAAAAUACUUUGAGUUUGGCGGCUUUCCUAUUUUCCAAAAACAAAUUGGUCAUAUUCAUUAUGGUAUCGAUAUUUGAAAAAUUUCAAGAAUAUAUUCAAAAGCGUGAUCAAAAUGGAUUGGAGUCACUCAUGACUACAUUGAAUGAAGAAGAACUGCAAAGUUUGAUCAAACAAAGAAUUAACACAGCAAAUUUUAUUGAAAUUUGGGAUUAUAUCCUCAAAUCAUUCAAAGACACGUCAAGAUGCCAUGAAAAAAGAUUAUGCUUGGUUCUAUACGUUUUGAAGGAAAUAGAAGAUAAAGACCUGCCACCAUCCCGAAUUAACACAGUGGUUAAUCGACUAAAUCUUGAAUUAACUAAGUUCAAGUCAGAACACUUAGCGAAAUUAUGUAGUUUUUGUUUAGAAUGCAUACAAUCAAAAAAGUCUACAAAAAUGGGGUGGAAAGAAAUGCUACCGGAGUUAUUAAACGUUUUAGUUGACAGAGAAGAUUUUACAUAUGAAGAAUUGGAUUAUACUGGUCAGGAAUACAAAACUGAUUUUAUUAACACACUGUGCAUGUCUUCGUGGUCCCCGAAUGUAGUAACAACUCUUGCAGCUGCCUUUAUUGAUAUGCCUCUCAAUAAAGAAGAACAUCUGAAAGUUGUCAAUAAGUUGGGAACUUAUAUAGAAAAGCUAACGGCGCAAGAAAUACCAGCUUUCAUUUACCAGUUGUUGAGACUAUGUAAACAGCAAAAUGGCAGAUCAAUGUUUUUGAGACUCCAAAAUUACUUCGGAGUACGGAUUUAUUCAACUUCCAAGGUGGAUGAAGACAGUUCUGAAUCUACAAUGGAUUUUAAUGCAAUUGAGAGUACAAGUAAUCAAGAUACAAUAGAUGCAGAAAGUACCGUUUUGUUUCACAUCCACAGCGCAGCAGCACUUGGUUAUGAAUGUAUUAAAGAUUAUCUCAAUUCUCUGAGAAAUAUGCUAAGGAGUCCAGAAUUUGUAUUACACCCAUUUCAGUUGAUGACACUCUUUACUAUUUCUAGUAUUCCUCAUUAUGAAGAGACGGUUUUCGAAAUUGUUAGGCCUUGUAUUGUAAGAUCAUACAAUGAGGAACAAAAAAGGGUGCAUUCUUGUUGGUUUCGAGAAAUGGUACCGUUUGGUCCGAAACCCGAAGAUGUACUGUCCAAAGUCAUUCAUUUUAGGAAGGAAUCAAAUGGUCUAUAUGAUGCAGUUUGUAUGAAUCCAGAACUAGGUAUUCCCGUUCUAGAUGUUAUUUGGUUUCAUUUUAGCGAAUAUUAUGUUAUGGAUGAAGAACAACUACCACCACUAAUUUUUGACAAAAUUGUUAGUGUCAGAGAAGUUCAGGCAAUGUUACAGGAACCACUGGGAAAACUAGUGUAUGCCAUUGGAUUGAUAGUAACAAAAGUAUUAGAAUCGGAGGAAGAUAGAGAAAAUAAUACAGUGGUGAAAUUCGUGAAUAUUCUUGAAUCUCUUUGCCGCAGAUUACCAAAUUGUGAACUAGUUCAUAUUGAGCUGGAUGAUGGAACGGAUUUAUUAGAUAUAAUGCCUGAAUCUCAAAAAAAAAUGUUAAUAUUAAAAGAAGCCAUGUCGGUAUAUGAGGCCCUAAUUGGUUAUAAGUUGUUUUCGUGGACAGAAAAUUCAGAAAAUCACGGCAAACAAAUUCAGAAUCUAUAUCAGGGAUACUCGAGGUUGUUUAAUUUCUCAAAGGCACUUUCAAAACCCAAAAAAGGAGGUGGAAAGAAAAGAAAAACUGAUAACAAAUCACAGCCAACACAAGCUGAUACUACAAUGAAAAAGGAUUCACAAAAACCCAAAGUUUUUAAAGUUCCUGAUUCAAUUUUGGGUUUUCAAACGUUAGUGAAGGGUUUGAGCCUCUUACAUGAAUCCAAUGUCACCUGGGCAUCUUCUUCAGAGGCAAACUUGUUAAAACCUAAGAAAGAACUUCACCAGCAUUUAAUGCAAGCAACACUCCAUUUGGUACAAAAUGCAAAACGUCGUAAAGAUAUUGAAACUAAAGUUAAAAAAUUUUACUUCGAUCAUAUUUCUGCUAUUGCCGCAAUUUUGUUCAAUAGGAUAAUUAAACGAAUGAAUGAAUUCAUUGAUUUUGACUCCAUCAGUGCUGUGUUAGCCAUGGAAUGUUUCAAUAUGAUUUUGAUUUUGGUCAACACACAAUAUAGAAGCAAUAUGAAACAGUUUUUAAGCAAAAUUGUACCACAAGAAAAUGACGAUGGAACGAUUAUUUCUCAAUUACUGGAAUUGGUCAGAGUUUAUCAAAAAUUGUUUGAAAUGGAUGAAGACGAAUCUGGUGAUGACCCGGAAAGUAAAAAGAUGUCACUUAUUGUCAUUAAUACAUUAACAACACUUUCUGGCUUCUUUCCUGGCAUGGUGAACUCUUCAACCAUUCAGAUGGCUGAGUGGUUGAAGAACUUCGCUUACAAUAAUAAUGUUACAUCUAAAGUUUCGAGUGCAUUUUCGAAUUUAUUUUUUGAGACUCACGUUAAAUGUAGAGUUAGUCUCAAUUUGUUGGAGGUUAUUUCAGUAAGCAUUGGAGAAACUAUGGGUGUCUUGACAGAGGAGGACCUCACCCCAGAAACAUUCAAGAUAAUUAAUGAAGCCACAGUUCACAGCAUGCUCUUAUCUUUGUGUAGUACUGUGAAAUCUGUUCUUGAAGAUAUUGAAGCCCUCAUAGCCCGACUGAAAUCUGAAUAUCACCUGUUGAUGUAUCCCGGUGUGGAAAACUUGGAGAGAAAGAAGGAAAAUUUAAAAGCCAAGGAACGAGGAAUAUGCUGCCAAUUGUGCUUCAUUAUAAAUAUAAUGACUAAUAUUGUUAAUCUCUUAGUGCCAGCAGGAAAUAUGACAGAAGCAAUUUUCAAAAAUAUAAUGCUUCUUUACAGUACCUUAAGUGCACUAACGAAACAUUUUAUUAUGAGAAGUUCCAAGAUAAAUUUGGCAUUUCAAGGAGCUAGAUUUGAACGUGUGGUCAAACUAACGGGUAAACAACUAGCCCCUGCAAUUUAUAAAUUCAUUAUCCAUAUGGAAGAAAGUGAAAAGGAUGCAACGCAAGCCAGUCCUCAGAAGAAGAAAUCAGUAGAUGCAAAUACUCUGAAAAGCAAAGUUCUCAGAGAGACUAGAUUGAUACCGAAGGUGAUAUACGAAAUUGAACAGUUCAGUAAAUGUGUUAUUCAGUUGUCUAAUAAGACAAAAGUAGAUUUGAAUAAAUAUGUGGGACAGGGUACGGUUCGGGAUUUCCGAAUUAUGGAACUCGAUAAAGUAUUGGAAAAAGCAGGCGGAGAUGUAGAUACUGCCACUCAGUCCACACAGGCAAAUAGAUCUACGGCAAGUGAAGAAGGAUCGAAUGAAGAAGUUGAAGAAGAGGAGGAUGAAGAUAGGCCACCUCCCACAAAAAGAUCUAGGAUUUGAGACAUAUGGUGUCAUAUGUUACUUUAAAAGUCAGUUACACUUUCUUCUUAUUAAUUAACGUUUAAAUUUGAAUAUCUUGUGACUUGUUUGUGUUUGAAAGAUUUAUUUUAUAAUAAUAAAUGA